AUGAGAGGCAAAAGAAUGGGGAUCUUUCUGAACAAAGUCUCCUACGUCUCAAUCACCAUAGCCACCUUCAUCCUUCUCUUUCUCUUCCUCCAGACCCCUUCCACCUGCGUGGACCCCACAACCAUCCCCCAACACCCCCAGUCCCUGUCCAAACGGGCCCACCAGAAAUCCUUCCCGACAUCAACCUGCGACUACACCCACCGGGCCUAUACCUCCCUGGACAAGAAAAACAAGAAGUUAUGGAAUUCUAAGGCCUGGGUUCAGACGGUUUCAUCCUAUAAAUCCCUCUUUUCAUCGUCUCUCCAAGGCCCGGUAAGGACUCACCUCUUCAACCAUUCUCGGGCCCUGGUCGUUUCGGCCGGGCCGGGCCAUGGGGUUAUGGCGUUGGAGGAAAUGGGAGUAGCUGAUGUUACUGGGGUGGAGUUGGUGGACUCUCCUCCUCUUGUUAGCCGGGCUGAUCCGCAUAAUUUGCCGUUUUUCGAUAAUGUGUUUGAUUUCGGGUUUUCUGGGUACCUUGAUCGGGCCCUGUUCCCGGACCGAUAUGUUGCGGAGAUGGAGAGGACUGUGAGGAGUGGGGGAGUCUGUAUGGUGGCUGUCGAGGAGUGUGGAGAUCAAGAAGUGAGGGAAAUUGUUAAGUUGUUUAGGAAAUCUGCGUUGGUUGAUGUUAAAAAUGUGAGGUUGGCUGGGGAACGUAGGACUAGGAUUAUUAUGAGAGUUGAAUGAAAAAUGAUUCCUUUGCUAUCUUUUUUCUUAUUUUCGUAGUUGGUUUGAAGUAAUCUGAAUUAGGUUUGGUUUGUUUACUGAUAGGUUAAUUCAUUUUGGAGCUAGAAUUAAUCAUGUAAUGGUUUUUUGUUGUUGAUUGUACAUGUAUGUAUCUUAUGUGAAGUGGAUUUAGUGGAAUGGUUGAGACUUGCAACUCUUACACGGCAUUCUGAUGUGUAGAAGUAUCCAUGUAGUUAUGAAGGAUCUUUAUGUAACAAAAGUUAUCUGAGAAGAGUUUUAUUUGUUAUAGUUAUAUGAGUCUGAUGCAUUGCUUGUAAAGAUUUAUGUACUACUGGAAGUUUGAAAUUUUGAUUUAGUGCAAUGAUGAAUCUGCAAAGUUGUCUGGAUA